AUUAUCAGGCAUUAUGAAAGUAUUUUUGAUAAACAAGAUUGUGUACAGACUGUAAUAGUUAACUUCACAAGACUAGUUUUCCGCAGUGAAAGAAGAGUGAACAUUUAUACUUUUUAAUAAGUGCAGCAAGGAUUCGCCGCGAGCCAAAUUAACAAACAUGUAUCGAAAUUACAGAAGCUUCCUGGACGGCACAGCAACUGUUUUUGACGAAGCGAUAAACAUGGUGAAAUACGAGCUGCACUACUUCAACCUGCGCGGGCGAGGUGAGGUUUGUCGCCUUCUUUUUGCGGCCGCGGAUCGAGAAUACACGGAUACAAGAAUAGAACAGGCAGACUGGCCGAAACUAAAACCAAAAUUCCCGCAACAGACGUUGCCGGUGUUGACAAUAGACGGUAAAACCCAAGUCUCGCAAUCUUUGGCCAUCGCCCGUUACCUAGCUCGCGAAUUCAAAAUGGACGGCGGGAGCUCUCUACAAGCAGUUGUUUGUGGAUGAGUUUGUUUGCACAGCAUUAGAUCUGUUUGAAAACUACGGAAAGGCAGCGUUUUCUCCAAAUAAGGAAGAAGACAUGAAAAAGUUCAAGUCUGAAACUCUUCCCAAAUUUUAUAAAAUUUUAGACGCAAGCAUUUCCGGUCAUGGCAAGAACGGCUUUGCAGUUGGAAGUUCUAUAUCGCUGGCGGACCUGUAUGUGUACAAUGUACUGGAGGCGACAGGGUUGGAUGAGCUCAAGGACUACAAGAAUCUCAAGGCCAACAGGGACAUGGUGGAGAGCAUUGACAAGAUCACGAAGUAUCUCGCUUCAAGGGUUAAAACACCUUUCUAAGUAUACACAAAGAAUAAGUUGCUCAUAACCUAAGUAUACACAAACAAUCAGGUUUCUAAUGACCUUCCGGAUCUCUCUGAUGUCAGGAAAAUGACAAUUCAAUUACUAUGCUACAUUUGAAACUGUUCAUUAUUUGUUGGGACAAUAGUUCAUUUUUAUUUGGAGCAAAUGUUUGUAGAUGUGUUAUUAAGAAAUACAAUCAUGUGAUAUUGUCUAGUAUUUCAGGGCAUGUUAUAUUAUAUUAUUGCAUUGUAUUCUCAAUA